AUUCACUCAUCUGCAGUGCAGUGCAGCACUGUUCAUAACUCCUCACCCUUUCCUUGACGCAUCGCUUCAGUGAUUGUAAUCGUCAUUUGCUGAGAUGCGAUUGGAUGCGUGGGCGCAUUGGCGCGUCUAAUCUACCUCAGGGCCCCUCUGCCGCACGCCAGCAAGUGAGGCAAUGGCAAUGGCACGCAGCAGUGACGUGUGCACAGACACACACACACACACACACACACACACGCAGAGAGAGAGAGAGAGACAGACAGACAGUCAUGGGAUGAAUAUCGACAGCAAAAAAACAGCCAGCUCCCUCGUACUACUUAUCCAAAGCGCACCCACCCACCACACCCAUCCCACCCAUCCCACCCACCCCACCCACAAGCCAUCAGUUAUCUAUCUUAUCGUGCCUCUUCCUCUGUCUGCCCCAUCCAAUCUAAUCCUUCCUGUUGGCCUUCUUGGGUCUGGCCUUGGCCUUGCUGCGCCCCUUGCGUGUGCUGUCCUUGAGUUCUAGCUCCAGCAUCAGUGUGGAUGUGUUCACCCCGUCCGCAUUCACCUUAUGGUCACUCCCCAAAACCUCAUAGGUGCCCCCCACCCGAGCCACACACUCGACACAAAACGCAGCGAAGGCGGGCUCAGGCGUGCUCUGGCCCUCUUCGUCCAGGUCGACGUCCCCCACGAGGUCGUCUGUCGACAGAUCAAUCGUCAGCGACACUCGUGUGGGGCGAAUCGAGAGGAUGAGAGAGAGCAGAUUGCGCACGUGGUCUUUCUUGAGCCGUGCCCCCCCCACAUCGACACUGAGGCUCUUGACUUGAGGGUACGACAGACCAGCCUCGCACUCGUGUGCGGCGUCGGCUAGCAUGUCUGCGACCAUGUUGUCUAUCUUGACCUCUAGCUUGUCAAGGGAAUGGUGCAGGCCAGAGAAGUACGAUAUGCACUGGCUCAGGUCGCUCAGAGCCGAGACGAAAAAGCUCGCCUCUCUCACACGCUUCAAACUACCCAUCAGCCCCUCCAGCUCGCGGGUAGCUGCACCCGACGGCAGGCCCUCAUGUCCGUUGCUAUGGCUACGCACCACUUGAGCGUGAACAUGCUCGAUCGACGGCAGACAACGGCUGUUGCCUUCCUCGGGGGCCUCGGUGGUUUCGAGGAGGAACUCAGGGAUGCUGUUGACCAUCUUGCUCGCAGGUGCUGGCUGGUAGAGGUCCUCCGCCUCGACGGCCAGGUGGGUGGCUUCCGGAAACGACAGCAGCGCUCCCCAUGUCCCGUGGAGAGGCGAGCCGCCACACGACAACGCUACCUGACGAUGGAUGGAAUGCACACACAGAGACACGCACAGACACAUGUUCCAUCCUGCCAGCCACCAGUUGCUCCAGCAGUCAGCCGCGCAGCGCAGCUCGGUGUUUACUGACUGACCUUCUUGCACGUGCUGGUGACCUUUUUCACCGUCUCGGCCGUGACGCCGUGGGGUGCGGGCGGGGCCUCCGGCACCUCUGUGCUGCAGUCGAUGACAGUGUCCAUGAUCCCGUCUUUGACUUUGUCGCGGCCUAGCUCCCUGUUGUCCGUGCGCGGCGACCACUCGAUGUUGCACGCCACGCCGGGCGCCCACGUGAGCAGGUCGGGCAGGGUGAAGUGAUUGGGGCCGCUGCGGUCCGUCAGUUGUCGGCUGAAGUCGGCGCCGAGGGUGAAGCGGUGGUUGAAGGUCAGGGUCUUGGGCACACCUGACGUGUCAUGCAUCGCACACAGAACGGGAAGGAGCACCAGAUGUGAGUAGGAAGCAUAGCUGGGUGGUGGCCAUUUGUGUGUGUCUUCUCUCUCUCCCACACCCACCCAGCUCACUCACCUUUCAUGUUAUCUUUGUUCCAGUUGGUGUCGAGGGCGGCCUUGAGCAGCCCGAGGGAGUCGUACACGGGCGUCUUGAGCACACUGACAGACAGACAGACAGACAGAGGGGGGAGUGGGCGUGGCGUCCGUGCACACACCGACCGCUGCGGAUACACACAUACACACAUACCUUCGGUCGCUACUGGUCUCGUCCUGGUUGUCGCUGAGGUCGCUACUGGUCUCGUCCUGGUUGUCGCUGAGUUGGAUGUCCUUUGCGUUCAGGAUGGUCAGCCCCUCGAUGCUUGUGAGCUUGGGGCACUUGGCUAUAGCAGCGGUGAAUGCUCGCCAGUCAGCCCCGUCCACCGUGUCGAUGUUCCAAGCCUUGAUGCUCGUCAGCUGCGGCGACGUGGACACGAUGUGUGUGAGGGACGGGAGCAGGGAGCAGGCCUGGAGUUGUGGCGUCGGAAGCAGACUCGGCCUUGGUCGGUCUUGGCGUACACGUGGCCGACACUCAGCUUCUUCAGCGCAGGAAACACCCAACCGCCACUCCUGCAGCUCAGCCAGCCACACCCACACAGGCACACAGACAUGGCGGAUGUUGGGUGGCCUGUGUGGCGUGGUCUCUCACUUACAUGAACUUAUCGAUCCACUCGUCGUUCGUGACCCGCAGCUCCUCGACGCUGUCGAACACCACCACACCACUCGAUGCCGCCGGGAGGGCCUUGUCCCGUCGACGGUAUUGCUCCGUGGGUGGACUGUCGAUGUGGAUGUGCUUGAGUGUCGACUUGGACGCCUCGAGCAAGUCGACGGUGAAGGGGAUGAGGCCUCGGGUGGCGUCGAUGUUGACCGUCUGCAACUUACCCUGCAGCACAAACGAUACACACGACACUAAUGGUACAGUUAUGUCAGUGCGCUCUUCAUCCGGCUCUCCACUCUCUCACCAUUCGCUUCUUGAGCUGCGGUAUGUAUUUGCCCUUGUCUUUGUCUUUGUCUUUGCUCGGCUUGCUCUUCGAGGGACGGGGGGCGUCGAGGUCCGAAGGGUCUUCAUCCGACUGCAUGAGCAACCAACGCCAUACACGAUGCAGCCAUCCAUGACGCACUCUCCCUCCCUCCCUCCCUCCAUCCAUCAAUCCAUCCAUCCAUCCAUCCCCCCCUCCAUCCCUUUGUCUGUCCGUCCCUCCCUCCCUCCCUGCCUCCUCACCUCCUCAUCCGUGUCGCGUGCCGCUGGUUGUUUGAUGCUCUUCCAAACACCAUGCUCGCCCUCGGUAAUGGUGAGGUCGCGGUACAUACCGGUAGUCGUGUCGGUGGCCUUGGUGUGCGUGUCCUUGCAUAUCGCUGAGAUGGGCAGCCGCUCGAUGGUGGUGAAGAGUGGGCUCAGGUGCGACAGGUGAAGAGCCGCCAGAUGACACCAACCAGCCACCUGGCACAAACCGCACACACGCAGCCGAGAUUCACCCGGUGUGCGACAUGGUGUGCAUCUCUUGAUGUGGCGGUGCACCGUACCCACCUUGCGGCCGGCGGUAUCAUUGCCCUCUUCCAUGCUGCCACCGUCACGAGGCAAGCGAACGUCCUCUGACCAAACAAAACACCAGGCAAGGAUGUGUUUUGUCUUGCAAGGGCGUGGUCCGGUCCCCGCCUGCCCAGCCUAGUGCCCAGCCCACCCGCUUCGUUGCCAUGCGAUGCGGUGUGGCCUUUUUUCUUGCGAUUCUCCGGCGCCGACAGCUGAUGGGCCAUCCAGAUGUGCCAUGCAGUCAGCGCACAUCUGGUGUCGAGGC